AGUGAUAGAAGUGCUUCUUCUAAGGCGCGGAGCACUUGGCAACGAGGCCGAUCUGUCGCAAGAAACAAAAAAACUACAACUACAGAAACAGAUCUGAUUCGGAGACCCAGCACUGAAGGACAACAAGGACAAGAGCAAUCGCGCAAGCGUUUGACCUUACUUCACGAUGGUGGUUUUACAAGAGAGCUCGCCUUCAUUCCUUUCAAACGAAAGGUCCCCCAUGAUGAUCGUCUGGCUCUUCUUGCAGUGCUUCGCGGGGAUGGCCGCUUACAAGUUUUUUCUCUCGCUAAAUUAAGGCUGUACUAAUUUAUCGCUAUCCCGUGUGGACUAUACUGAGUGGCGUGCCCCUUGGUUUAUUGAAGGGGAAAAUAGAGUGGAAGGAGGGCAAUAAAGCGCUCAGCCACGGAUAGUGCAAAACUACGUACCUCUAACUAAAGACCUCGAAGGUUCCGUUUUCGUACCUCACGUGUGGGAAGCGACUCAGCCUAGACCCAGUGACAAAAUACAAAACACGCAUUUUGAAUAUCGAAGUGGGACCUCUACGGAAGACAAGAAUUUCAAGGAUUUGCGACGUUUGCCUGGAAAAUUCUACUGCUUUGCGCAUUAUAUUAUGGCUUCACGACGAUAUGCAUUUGGGUAGAUGAUGUACAACUAGAUAUUCAGUCUUACUUUCUUUAUCUUUUUCUCUAAUUCUGCCUACGACGCUGAGAACGGCGGCCUCACUCUCAUCGCUGGCCAAGCUGAAGGUCUCGCUAGACUAUGGCGACCCAGGAAUAUGAACAACAUGCGUUUACUGCGAAACAGACACUAUUCCGACAAACUCGACAGUGCUGCGAGAGGAGCUUUCGCCGAUCCCCAGAACAUGCUUCUAUGGCCUCACGUCGAUCGAAGCCUAGAUGAUGAAGUCCAAGACUUUAGGACCUCGAACUCAGCGCCUAUAACAGCUGUCGCUCUUUGCCCGUCGAAGCCGACGAUUGUUGUGGGAGACAACAGAGGAGGAAUCUUCAUCUUCCAAAUGUCGAAUCUGUACUUGUUUCUAGAGUUUUGGAUUUGAUGUCUCUGGUAUCUGUACUUGUUUCUGGAGUUGAUUCUCUUGAUUCUCUACAUUUUCCGGAUAAUGAUUCCGAGCUUGAGAAGCCUUCUGAGGGAAUCGGUCCUCCAUGGUUUCUACUCAUAACAUAUUUUUUCCUUGCAAUCCUUCCUCAACAGGUCAUUCCCCCAAGCUAGUUUCGCAAGUUCCGGACAGCCCGUAGUGCAGUUGAUUUGGUCUGCUGGUUCCAUCGUUGAUAUCUUCGUGCGACAAUGGCGGGAGGCUUAUUUAUGGCUCAUGUUCUUGCGCAGUUUCUGUUGUCACCAUUUUACUCCUGUCGCAAAACAUAAAAAGACUUCUAAUCCACGUUCUGAAAAUCGUCGACGGACAACUACAUUCCUUAACCCCCACUGGCGGAAAAGAUAGCUGGCUUCCUGGCAGCCUGAAUGGCGUGGAAUGUACCGGUCUCGCCAUGGCGUCGAUUCAUGACUCACGUUGUGAUGCUAGUGCUGGAGUAGGCAGAGGAAGAGGUGCGGCGAGCAGUCCAAGAAAUACAAAUGCUGCACCACUAGCCUUGCCUCUACUCUUUACAACUUGGUCUUUUGGCCAAGUACUGCUGACGUAUCCGCAGUUGAAGAAAGGAACCAUGAAGCAUUGCCUAGUUCAACACUGGAUGGGAUGGAAAAAAUCGAAAAAAAUGUUGACCGGUGCCAUGGGCAAAGUAGAAUUACAAGUCGUAGUAAAGAAUUUUAAAGACGCAUGACGGAUGAAUACGAUCUAUUUUAUUGUCUAUGUUGCGCAUUUUGUAGUAGUAGUUCUUCUAGUUUGACCCUUCACGUAGUUCGUUCAUUUCUUCGUUCACUGUCUUUUCUUGCUAUAAUACCUCUUACUCCAUGUCCAUUUUUACCUUCCUCCGAAUCCGAUACAACCUUUGUCUCCAGGCGACCCGCCCCUUUCUCCGUGCUCGUUUUGAAGGCGCUACACUGGAGGAGCAGCAGGAAGAGAGCGCCAUGCAAACCUGGGAAGCUGGAAAUCGACUGCGUGACAGGAUCGCUCAAAUGCAUACCCAAUAUUUGAGUCAAAUUCCCAUUGUCCGAGUUCUCAGUACGAACUUCGCCUACACAGCAACUGCUUCGUGUGGUCCUCUAGGCGCAACAUUAAGUACUGGAGGUGCUGGUGGCAAGAGUCCAAGCAAUGCGAUCACUGGAGGUCAAAGCACGGCUAGAGGGCAAAGCACGGCUAGAGGGCAAAGCACGACGAGAGGCCGUGGGCGUCCUGCCGGAAGUAAAAACAGUUCUCCCAAGAACAAUGCCACAUCAAUGAAAACGCCUACUGCAGCAAAUAGAGAAGAUAAGAACAAGAAGAGUUGUACUUCUAAAGGAGCCAAUGGUGCGAAAGAACAAGCGAAUGCGAAGGAACCCGCAAUGAAGACUGCCCGACGAACACGAAGCCCGACUUACGCAAAACGGACUGAGGGCGGGCGCGGUGCACAACCUGUGACUUUGAGGCCAGUAGCGGACGCGGUUUUGGAUGCAGCGAUGCGAAGAACCGACUUGGAAGAUGGUACUUGGAAGUUUCAUGUGGUUCAGGUCUUUCAGUAAUGUCCAACUGCCCUCCACGACUCAUCAUUAUUUUUACGACUUGAAUUUUAUGAACUUUAUCCGGUACUACAACUACAAAUAACCACCUUAAGUAGACUUGAGUCGUCAUGUUCCACUUCAUGAGAAGUCCAUCUCCCUCUCCACAUCAAAUCCACCCUCACAGUGAUUUCCUCGGUCGUUCCUGCCGCACAGAGAACGACGACUAUUGGCAGCAAAGAUGUGAUAAGCUCCACUUCAAACGCAAAUAUAACUGCUUGGGACAAGAUCGAUCGCCAAAGCCUAGGUUUACCAGUUACUGCUUGUGCCUAUUGUGAACCAUACUUACUCACCUGUACGCCGACUGGAAUAGUACGAUUGGCGCCCUUCGAGUUUUCGUCGACGAGCUAGAACUGGGGUGAGACCAUCGUCGAGCUAAAACUUUUACUGAGUGCUUUUUCUUGUGAUGGAAACUAGGUCGAACGCCUCAUCAUCAUCCAAACUUCGAAAAUUUUCGCUAGGCUGUUUCUGGCGCUCCCCAUGUGCAAACUCCUACACUGGGACUGGAUUUGGAAAUAUCCUAAAAAUUUUUGGUCGGUGUAAGAAAGACUCUACUCUCACUUUGAUGUCAUACAGCUCAUACAACUGGUUCUUCAAAUGACAUCGGACUGGUUCUUCAAUAAUCAAUAAAGCUUGGACAGCACGUCGUCACCCUUACCCAGUUCAUAUUCUAAAAUAAAGUAAUCCUCCGUGCUGGAAGCCGACUUAUAUCACUGCAAAGUAUCAACUAGAGGACGAGUAGCCAUCGAUGCCAGUUUUAAGGUCCACCUUUCCUAGUAGAAGCAGAAUCUUUCUUUCACUUUAUAGACCAACUUCACUACUACACGAAAUGGACAAGAAGUCGGACGACCACCAUUGGCACUUUGCUGAAGACCCUGAUUUUGAUUAUUAUUACAUCGCGCAGAACGAGUACAAGAAGCCCCUUAUUCAAUUUAGAUUUCAACCCUUCAAACGAGAACAGGUGGACACAUCAUCCACAUGGUGUGCAUCAUCAGCGCAGUACUAGAC